AUGGCCCCCAAGAUCGACCCGACGGAGAUCAAGAUCAUCUACCUCAGGGCCACCGGUGGCGAGGUCGGCGCCUCGUCUGCCCUUGCCCCGAAGAUCGGUCCCCUCGGUCUCUCGCCCAAGAAGGUCGGCGAGGACAUCGCCAAGGCCACCGGCGACUGGAAGGGUCUCCGCGUCACGGUCCAGCUCACGAUCCAGAACCGUCAGGCUGCCGUCUCGGUUGUCCCGUCGGCGUCGUCGCUCGUCAUCCGUGCGCUCAAGGAGCCCCCCCGUGACCGCAAGAAGGAGAAGAACAUCAAGCACUCCGGCAACGUUGAGCUUGACGCCGUCAUUGACAUCGCGCGCACCAUGCGCGAUGUCAAGAAGACCCUCUCUGCGUCGCUCGCCAACGGCGUCAAGGAGAUCCUCGGCACCUGCCAGUCGGUCGGCUGCACCGUCGACGGCCGCCCGCCGCACGAUGUCAUCGAGGCCAUCGACUCGGGCGACGUCGAGAUCCCCUCCGAG